CUCUCGCAGUUAAUAUUUUAUUUAUUAUUUUUCCCCUCAAAUAACUUCAAUUUCUUUUUUUCCACUAUUUCCAACAUUCUCUUACCAUUUUCGUCCACUCAGAAGAUUAACCAAAAUUCCAAUCUCUCUCUCUCUCUGUUCUGUCUCUGCGCUCCGAGAAAUUCGCUUUUCUUCGAUUUGAACUACACAACUUAGCUGUAAUGAAAUGGGAAGACGGUGUAAACUUGCUUGACACUUUUCGACUGUGAGCUUAAAUCAUGGAUAUCAUUGAUGUUGACGAAAAUUUGAUUGCAGCUAGUGAUGCAAAGUUACAUGGAGAGAUGUGCAAGACACUUUCUGCAAUUUAUUGCAAAAUAAUGUCAGUUUUCCCUUCCUUGGAAGCGGCUCGGCCAAGAAGCAAAUCCGGUAUUCAGGCGUUGUGUUCACUGCAUGUGGCACUUGAGAAGUCCAAGAAUGUUCUUCAGCAUUGCUCUGAGUGUAGUAAACUUUACUUGGCUAUAACUGGAGAUUCAGUGCUUUCAAAAUUUGAGAAGGCAAGAUGUGCUCUUGAAGAUAGUUUGAGGCGUGUUGAAGAUAUUGUUGCACAAUCUAUUGGUUCUCAGAUUCAAGAAAUUGUUAGUGAACUUCAGGGUACUGUUUUCUCACUUGAUCCAUUGGAGAAGCAAGUAGGUGAUGAGAUAAUUGCACUUCUCCAGCAGGGGAGGAAAUUUGACAACUGCAGUGACAGCAAUGAGCUGGAAUCAUUUCAUCAAGCUGCUACUAAACUUGGAAUUACCUCUUCCAGGGUAGCUCUGACAGAGAGACGAGCUCUAAAGAAAUUAAUAGAAAGAGCCCGUGCCGAGGAAGAUAAGCGGAAGGAGUCCAUUGUGGCUUAUCUUUUAUAUCUUAUGAGAAAAUACUCUAAGUUGUUCAGAAGUGAAUUCUCAGAUGACAAUGAUUCUCAGGGUUCUGCUCCUUGUUCUCCCACUGUUCUGGGUUCUAUCGAUAUUGUUGAGCCUGGUGGUAAUGGUCAUGCCUUUGAGAGACAGCUAUCAAAACUUAAUUCUUUCAAUAUUAAGCCAAACAAUAAGAAAUCAGGGCAGAUGCCCCUCCCACCUGAAGAGUUGAGGUGUCCAAUAUCACUGCAGCUUAUGUAUGAUCCAGUCAUUAUCGCUUCUGGUCAAACUUAUGAAAGGAUUUGCAUUGAAAAAUGGUUCAGUGAUGGGCACAAUACCUGUCCAAAGACUCAACAAAUGGUGUCUCAUCUUUCUCUGACUCCGAAUUACUGUGUCAAGGGCCUUGUUUCUAGUUGGUGUGAACAGAAUGGAGUUCCUGUUCCCGAUGGUCCUCCAGAGUCUCUUAAUCUCAACUAUUGGAGGUUGGCACUAUCUGAGGCCGAGUCCACAAAUUCAAAAUCUGUGGGUAGUAUCGGCUCUUGCAAGUUAAAAGGGAUUAAGGUGGUUCCUUUAGAGGAAAGUGGUAUCUUAAAGGAGGCUGAUGGAAAUGAAACGAAAAAUGUUUUUCCACUGGAGGAAGAGCCUGAGCACAAUGCGCUUGAAACUUAUCAGGAGUUUUUGACCAUCUUGAAUGAUGGGGAUGACUUCAGGAAAAAGUGCAAAGUGGUGGAGAAAAUAAGGCAUUUGCUGAAGGACGAUGAAGAAGCUAGAAUAUACAUGGGGGCUAAUGGAUUUGUUCAAGCACUUAUGCAGUUUCUUUACUCGGCCACGACUGAAGGAAAUGCUGCUGCUCAGGAAAGUGGAGCCAUGGCUAUCUUCAACCUUGCUGUCAACAAUAACAGAAACAAGGAAAUGAUGUUGGAAUUGGGGAUAAUUCCGUUGCUGGAGGAUAUGAUAUCGUCUACCAAUUCUCAUGGAUUUGCUACUGCUCUUUACCUAAAUCUUUCCUGCCUCGAAGAGGCCAAACCAAUCAUUGGCUCAUCAAAUGGUGUUCCUUUCUUAAUCAAGCUCCUUAAAGCUAAUACUGACAUCCAAUGCAAACUUGAUGCCCUCCACACCCUAUACAAUCUUUCAAGCGUCCCCUCCAAUAUCCCGAAUCUCCUUUCAUCUGGUAUUGUCAGUGGUCUUCAAUCCCUUGCAGCCUCUGGUGACCAUACAUGGACAGAAAAAUGUUUAGCAGUCUUUCUAAAUUUGGCUUCAGGUCAAUUGGGGCGAGAUGAGAUGAUGUCUGCACCAGGUCUUAUUGGUGUGCUCGCAACCAUCUUGGAUGCUGGUGAACCCAUUGAGCAGGAACAAGCUGUUUCAUGUCUCUUGCUUUUAUGCAAUGGGAAUGAGAAAUGCAUUCAAAUGGUCUUACAAGAAGGUGUGAUUCCUGGACUGGUGUCAAUUUCAGUGAAUGGGACCUCAAGAGGAAAGGAGAAGGCUCAGAAACUUCUGAUGCUCUUUCGUGAGCAGCGGCAGCGAGACCCUCCAUCUCCGGAGGUGCAAACGCAUUCCGAAGGUAAUGAGGUGUCCGUGCCUGCUCCAGAAUCAAAACCCCUAUGUAAAUCCAUAUCAAGAAGAAAGAUGGGCAGAGCUUUUACCUUGUUCUGGAAGAGCAAGAGCUAUUCAGUUUCUCAAUGUUAAAACCUCGUGGUUCUGUAAAGUUUUGUAUCGUCUUUUUCUUUCGUUUGUCCUCUUCUUAUGGGCAUUAUUAUUUUUGCUUUUCAAAAGAGAAGAAUGUACAGGCCCCUGUAAUUUAUGAGUUUUUAUUUCUUUCCCUCGUCUUUCUCAUUUCAGGUAGGAAUACAUGUAUCAUGAAUACCAUAAUUGAAGUGCUAGAUUACAUAAUAUAUUUUGGUUUUGAUAACUUUGGCGUUA